AUGUCGGAUACUAAUCAAGUUCGUGACCACCGCAAAAUUGCCCAAGAGUUAGACUUAUAUAUUUUGGAUGAAAGGGCAGGGCAAGUAAUAAUCCGUAAUCAAAUACAAAAAUUUUUGCAGCAGAAACAAAAAAAAUUCGGUUUUCAAGAAGUAAUUACCCCAAUUUUAGGCAGUGAAUAUUUAUAUGAAACUAGCGGGCAUUUACAACAUUAUCGCGAUUAUAUGUUUCCGAGUUUUGGUCGCGAUAACGAAACUUUUCGUUUGCGUCCUAUGACCUGUCCUCAUCAUUGUUUAAUUUAUCGGCAAAAACCUCGCUCUUACCGAGAUUUACCUUGGCGUCUUUGCGAAAAUUCUUUCCUGUAUCGUUACGAAGCCUCCGGGGCUUUAAAAGAAACGCUUUUAAAAGAGGCCUUAACCGAAUUAGGACUAAAUUAUAUUGUUCUAAAAGGAGAAGCGGCGUUUUACGGUCCCAAAUUGGAUUUAGAAAUAGAAGCGGCUGAUGGUAAAAAUAUCACAAUUGCCACGAUACAGUUAGAUUUUGUUCUACCUCUAAAAUUUAACUUGAAGUAUAUAAAUAAGAGGCAAGAAUUAAUCACACCAGUUAUUAUUCACCAGUCUCCAAUCGGCACCUAUCAAAGAUUUAUUGCCUUACUAUUGGAAAAAACCGACGGAAGAUUGCCUUUUUGA